AUGUUUGACUCGGAGCGUCGCGAGAUUUUGGAGCGGAAAGACCGGUCACAAUGGUCUCCAGGAGAUGGACACCUCGCGUACUUGGAAGCGUGGGAGGACGGCGAUUUUGAAGAGGUGCCCAUUCUUGCCGGGCCUCUGGAAGACUUCGAAGUUGAUGAUUGGCUUCGUCAAAGGGGCAAAUUUUCACCCGCAGGUCGACAGUCCCGUCCAAGGGCACAAGUCCGUAUACUGCUGUGCGAACGUUUAGGAUUUCGACCUCUAGAGUUCGCUAUGAGCCGUAAAUCUUUUCUUUCGGUCGAACACGUCAUUGGGCUGCCCUCUGUGUCUCUACCAAUAUUGGAGGGGAACACAGGAACCCAACACGCUCAUCUGAAAUACAAAAGAGACUUGAGCGGUCGGUCGUUAACCUCGCUCGAGGCAUUAGGCAUGGCAAUGUCCCACCAUUUUGAGACCCGCACAACUCUUGCCUUCAUUCACGGCUGGGACAUCUUCUCCAACAAGUUGAAAUUCACCAAGAAACCAAUUGCACCUCACAUUGAAGCUAUUCAGGAGAUACUCAAGUCAUCACGGAGACUCCUGUCUCAUCCCCUACUGCUCCCCACCUUGUUCCUCCGACGCCAUUUGACCAGAGCAGAGGACAUGAGAAGGCAGCUGAGCUCCAUGACAGCGGAAAUUGAAAAGGCUAUCGGGGUUACCCAGACAGCUCGGCUUUCCGGGAGAACCGUCCAGGAUCAACGCAUUGUGGAAGAAGUGAAGGCUAUGGUCUUGGGCGAGAAGCCGAGGAUUCACACGACCGCACGGAUUAGCACCACGGCCACUGAUGUAAUCAAUAUGAAGGGGACUCUCGAGUGGGACGAAGAAUACGUCAAAUUUCUCCGCCGUGUCAAUGACGAUGUCAAGGCUCACCCUCGCGAGGCACAUACGCCCCCGGAGGCAGAUCUGCAGCUCUGCGGCUUCAUCGACCUUCUGGAGCGAGAUGCGCAGUCUAUCUCAUCAUAUGCAACCAGGAUGCAGUCCAGGCUGGAACUACAAUUCAACGUGCUCUACAAUCUCAUCGCCCAAGCCGGGAAUAGCCUCAAUAUGCAGCAAUCAACACAAGCCGGGCAAGUCGCAGCGCAAGCCGGAAUGGACAGCACAGCUAUGAAGACAAUGGCAGUGGUGACGAUGAUAUUCCUUCCUCCAACCUUUGUAGCCACAAUUUUUAGCAUGUCCUUUUUCAACUGGCAAGCUUCAUCGUCAAGCGACGAUGACGGCGGUGCCGAGCCCACCGUCGUGCCACAGUUUUGGAUCUACUGGGCCGUCAGCUUGCCCUUAACUAUCGCCAUCGUGAUUGGCUGGCGAGUGUGGUGGCAUUUUCAGAAGGCCUAUUAUGAGACCAAGUUUCUGACACCAGAGGAGCACGUAGUCUAUGAAGAUAGGAGCCGUGGCAAGAGCCGUGAGAGGAGCCGCGAGAGGAGCCGCGAGAGGAGCCGCGACAGGACUCAUGAUCCGAGGCGACGGCGGUCACGAUAUCAAGUAUGA